AGACUUGGUGGACUGGUCCAAUAUAGGUGGAUGUACCCAUUCGAAAGGUUCAUGGGAUAUGCUAAACGUUCAGUUAAGAAUAAAGCUAGGGUUGAAGGAUCUAUUUGCGCAUCAUAUUUGCACAAAGAAACAACUCAUUUUUGUUCCCACUACUUCAAGAAAUUUAUGUUAACACCACAAACAAAUAGAAAUGAUGUAGACAUUGAAAUUGAAAGGACAACAUUAUUAGUGUUUGACCAAGGUGGUCGUCAUUCCGGGAGGGAAUCAACUCAUUGGCCAAGUGACGAAGAAUUGAGAUCAGCUCAUGUUCAUGUCUUGAUCAAUUGCAAUGAAGUUCAACCUUAUCUUGAGUUCAUAAUGAUCCUUUAAGUGUGAGAAACCAA